AUGCAGGCGCAGAUCAAGCGGGUGCUGCCGCUCUCCAGGGCCCUCGCCGCCGCGCACCGGCAAGUGCAGUUAUACUUCUCUCGGGCUGACAAAUUUCAAUGCAGGCAGGGGUCUGGAAGUGCAUGCCGCAGUAUAUACGGUGGAUUUGUGAAAUGGUGUAUGGGAAAAAAUGAUGAUGGAAGUGACAGUAUGGCAGUACAGCUUGUUGACGAAUCGCAUUGGGAUGAUCUUGUUAUAAUCAUAGCAGUGGUCAGUUCAAAGCAGAAGGAAACCAGUAGCACCAGUGGGAUGCGGGACACUAUUGAAACAAGCCCCCUCUUGCAGUACAGGGCCCAGACUGUAGUGCCAAGUCGCAUAUUGAAAAUGGAGGAGGCCAUCAAGAAUUGUGAUUCUGAAUCCUUUGCUAGGUUAACUUGUGCAGAUAGCAACCAGUUUCAUGUUGUAUGUUUGGACACGAGUCCUCCCAUGUUCUACAUGAAUGAUACGCCACACAGGCCUAAGCUUAAAGAACAAGUGAGGUAUUGUGACCAACACCCUGAGGAGAUUGACACACUUGUAGAAGUGAAGGCUCAGUUUUCAGAGGCGAAGAAAUGCCACAAAACUUCAAGAAGGAUGGUGGCGUUGUCUAACGCCGUGGUGGCAUUGACGAUAGGCCUGGCAAGGUGGAUGCGUCAGUACCUGCUCUGGAGAUGGAUCGACAUCGACAGAAGACGGCGGCGGCUGCAAGCUGAGAUCGUUAAUACGGAUGUUAAUUAUGUCGAGAUUGCUUGCAGGUCAGCGGCGUCAGGUCUGGAGAUGCGGAUGCCCCUACAUAGCGUGGCGCCAGUGGCACGUCGGGGAUCCUUCAUCACCCAAGGAACAAACGCAAUCGGCACUACUACAUUACUGCAGUCUGCACAUGCUGUGUUGAGGGGAUUGGAGGAAUUGGUAGCACGCCAUAAAAUUUUGCUUACCUUCUCUAAAAUCAUGCUUGUUUCAUUCAUUGCUUCACAUCACCAAGUUAUUGGUGCGAUUGAGGUCACACUACCAUAUUAUAUAUUGGAAAUAUUCAAUAACAUAGGAUUUCUUUUUUACUUUAUACUUACACAGAUGUGCAAGAGAAAAGAUUUUAUAGGGGUAGAGAGUUUGUGCGAAAGUGCAGGGGUGCCGGUGCGAACCAAGUUAUAUAAGAUGGUAGAGCAUUAUAGACAGAACAACAGUAGUUCUUACAAAAGUGAAAGAGAACAACAAAGAGGUACUUCAAAGUUUGCCAUGGUUCUGAUGUGGUCUUCCACCGGGACUCAAAUUGCAACUCAUGAGAUUGGGAGAUAUUGGGAACCGCUUGUAUGUGUAUUGGUCAUCACGACCUUCUCCAUUGCCCUUGUUGCCUACUUGAUGUGA